UGCAUAUCAUGGAUUAAAAUUCUAACGCUGGGAAAGAAGGUUCAUAUUCCCAAUCUGGGGUUUAAGAGGAUUACUAUUAAAACAAAGGGAAUGCAGUUCUGUAGCUGGAGUGAUAGGUUUUAUCAGCACUGCAUUAUCAUCCCGGUGGAUCGUAAUGUGGAUGGGGGCUUAUUAUUAGGUUGUAUUUGAUGCCAAUGUGUCUCAUUUGAUCCUCCAUGAAGUUGUUCUGACAGCUCUACUGGUUGUAGGUCGGGGGUUUCUAGUCAGUCCCUGUCCCCUUUGGCGUUUGACCACACAUCGAGCUCUAUGGAGGUUAGCUUUAGCAAAGACACGCUUUCUCUCUCAGCAUGUCACCCACCGGCGCCCCCUCCCCUCUUUCCCCACACAUGAUUUGCAUGGCUAAAACAGCCCCAAACAUUGCAGCGGACAAGCAGUCGUAACACCGGAGUGAUGCUUCACACGUAAACCAUCCACAUACAUGACAUGCAGCUGCACAACAAUGCAGCUAAGGCAUGUGGCGUUAGCCGUGCAGCAGCCCGCCUGUCCUACUGGACUGACCUGCUACAAGGAUAUGAAACAGCCGAAGAGCCCAGAGUGGGUGGACAGCACCCCGUCACUCAAAAGUCCUGAGGUGCAGGAGGCAGUGGAGGCAGAUGUCAAUGAGGGGGAAAGGAAGGUGGUGGCAGGAUGCAGAGUCAAACGAGAGAGACGUCAAACUACUGGCAGCGCCACCAUGUGUCAGGUGUGCAACAUACAUCUUAACUCCAGUGCCCAGGCCCAGAUCCACUGCAGAGGAAAGACACACCAGAGGAGGUUGCGUAGACUUGCGAAGGCUGUCAGCACAGGUGCACUGUCUCACAGUCAAGUCCACCCUCUCCUGGGUUCCCUGCCUCUGCCAGCUCGACCUCUACAGUCACAGCCGCUGACUCUGCCCCUCAGGGUCAAUGGUUCCACGCCCCUGAGUCUCUUCCCUAAUUUCAACGCGAUGGACCCUGUGCAAAAGGCCGUCAUAAGCCACACUUUCGGCGUGACACCACCCAAGAAGAAACCCAUCAUCUCCUGUAACGUCUGCCACCUGCGCUUCAACUCCACGAAUCAAGCAGAGGCGCACUACAAGGGUCACAAGCAUGCCCGAAAGCUAAAGGCCCUGGAGAGCCAGAGGAACCGGCAGAAGAACGGACAUGGUCUGUACACAGCUGGGAAAGACAGAGAAAAUGGAACGACGGGAGCAGAAACCCUUCCUGCUUCAGAGUCCCAUUCGACAGACAGAACAGGCUCAGGCACCGUUUCUCAACCUGCUCAGCAGCAAAGUGCGAACGUCCAAGGCUGUUCACCGGCAACAACCGAUCCCUCUGAUCCUCCACCUAAGGACUCCUCAUUGUGUCCUCAACUGUCCCCACAAGUCUCCCCUCACUCUGAGCUCUCUGAUGCAGCCUCAGAUUGUCCACCUGAGAAGGACUGCAGACUGACCGACGGUUCAGACACCUGCUGCGACGCUCAGAAAAGCCCCACGGCCGCUGAAGACGAGGCGGUGAAGGCAGAAGACGUCAAGGAGGCCAAAAACAACAAAAAACAUAGCCUUCACUGUCCCACCUGCAAAGUCACGGUCAAUUCAAGCUCUCAGUUGGAGGCUCACUGUAGUGGCUCGAAGCACAAACAAAUGCUGGACGGUCACAACGGCAGCCAGUCAAAGCGCCGGGUCAAGACCAUGUCUUUGCCGAGACCCAUCUACCGAAUUAAGAAGCGGGUGGCCAACAAAGCAAGAGCCGUAGCUUUUGUCUCCAACCGGCCCUUUCACUGUGAGCUGUGUCAGGUGUCUGUCAACUCAGAAACACAGCUGAAACAGCACAUGAACAGCAGGAGGCACAGAGAGCGUUUGGCAGGAAAGCCCAUGAAAGCCAAGUUCAUGCCCUAUAAUAAACUGCGAUCUAGUGCAGUGUUUGCAACUAAACUGGCCCUGCAGAAGCAGCUGUCAAAGGCCCUACCGGCAGGUCUCCUGACUGCCCCCCUCAAUCCAGCUGCUUUGUGCACCAUGGCACCAGGACCUUUAGCGUUAAGGCUGCCAUCUGGCCCCUCAGCCAUAAUACAAGGUCCCCUGUUCAGCCCUUCACUCUUCAGGCCUGCCCCAGGACCUUUAAGGGCUACACACACACCUAUUAUCUUCUCACCAUACUAACAGUGAGUCAAACUUGGCAAGAGGGAUGCUCAGGAGACGGAGCCAAUUCCAGCCAAAGCUGUACAGAGUGGGGGGACCCCAGAGUGACAACAGGACACUACGCAGUGGCAGCGAGUCCACGCGUCAUGUCGGGCACACCACACUCAUGCUCAGUCCCCUGGUGCAGGUCAAGUUAUCAGUGUUGACUGAGCAGCGCUACUUCUUAAAAAUGGACGGACCAUCACUCAGCUGUUUCUUUUCAACAGUCUGCUGAGUGCAUAUUUUCUGUGGUUUGGGAAACAUUAAAGCCAUAACAUAUUUUAAUUUUAUUUAUAAGACUUGAAAAAAAAGACAGUGAUGAUGAGAAUUUGUUAGAUGUCUUUAAUUUUUAUAGUUUACCGUCAUAUUCUGGGAGAACAAGAACACUACUUAAGCCUUUAUUUCAUUUUCAUAAAGGAUCAUGAAUAGACCAGUAACUGGACAGAGUUACAGGAAGUGGCUGAUGCACAUCCUUUACUGUGUUAUUUACUUGUGUUUCUUUGCUCCGUGUUGUGAAAUGACAAUCAACAACCACAGUGAAAUUGACGCCAAGAAACCUUUGCUUUAUGGAAACAAACACCCACUGCACAAUACUAUGGCUGAAUUUGAAGUUAUAGUGUUUUAUACUUGAUUUUGUUUGCCUAGAGCCAUGAUUAAAUGAACAUUUCUUCAGGUGAUUGAUGUAAAAAUAAGAGUUUGCCACAGCUUGAUAAUGUUUGUGCAAUAUGAAGAUAAAUGCAGUUGUUAAAAAAAAUGAAUAGGUUUAUCCACAUCCGUCUGACAGUGUGCAUUGAUGUUUCUCUCUCUCUCUCUCUCUCUCUGUGUGUGUGUGUGCGUGUGGUAAUUUCAUUUAAAAAGAAAUGUUCCCAAACGACUGUGCUAAAUCCUCAUAAGCAAUAUGUAUUUUAAAAUUUUCCAAGUGUAAACAAGUGUAAAUAACUUAUGAGUGUAAGUGCAUCAGUUGCAAUAAUGUUAACUGUUAUAAGUUAAAAAAUGUCAAAACUGUAUUGUAAAUAACAAAAUAGAACUGUUUUGUGGUGCUCACGACCUA